AUGAAGAAUCUCGCAAUUAUUGUUGCUAUGGUACUCGUGUCAUGCUGUGUCACAUCUCAAGUCACAGCAAGAGAUUUGGAGUCGAUGCGUAGCGAAAAACUUGAAUGGUGGCACUACCAUUAUUACCCUUACUUCCACCCUAAGCCAUAUUGGCCGCACCCUAAGCCGUACUGGCCGCUCCCCGGCGCCGGAAAAGCCUUACCGCCACUCCCCGCCGGCAACAACCACCACUUCCACCCAAUCCCGUUCCAUCCACCACCGGAGGUCACCAAAUGCUUGUCUGAUUGCAAGGAGGUACACACAUGUUUUGCGGAUAUCGUUAAAGCUUUCCACACACGCAAACCCGUUAUUGGAUCGGAAUGUUGCGCUUCGAUACAGAAGAUGAAUGGAGAUUGUGAGAAGACCAUCUUUGGAUCGUUCCAUAACCCUUUCUUCAACUGCUUUGUUAAGCUACAUUGCUCCACCAAAGCUGGAUCUACUCCGUCUGCCCCCUCGCCAGCUUAG